CCUCGCACUCGCACCAUUGGUCCGUCCCACAAUAUCCACUUGCGCUACCCCGCUCCCCGCUCCCCGCACCCCGCAGCCAUGGCGGCGCUCUGCUCCGCCGCCUCGCCGGCCGUCGCCAGGGCCGCGGCGCUCGGCCUGUCCGCGCGCGGCCCCGCCUCCCUCCUUCCCCUGCGCCUCCGCAUCCGCGCCGCCUCGCGCUCCUGCCACGCCGCGCCGCGGAUCGCGGCGUCGUGGCGCGCGCGGCGGCGCUUCGCCGCGUCGGCCGCCUCCACCACGGAGGAGGGCGCGGACGUCGACACCAUGAUCCCGCCCGACAACCGCAUCCCCGCCACCAUCAUCACCGGCUUCCUCGGCUCCGGCAAGACAACUUUACUAAAUCACAUACUGACAUCUCACCAUGGAAAACGGAUCGCUGUCAUUGAGAAUGAGUAUGGUGAAGUUGACAUUGAUGGUUCGUUAGUUGCCGCUCAAACUGCUGGAGCUGAGGACAUAAUGAUGCUGAACAAUGGCUGCCUUUGCUGCACUGUGCGUGGUGAUUUAGUACGAAUGAUCGGUGAAUUGGUUGACAAGAAGAAGGGAAAGUUUGACCAUCUUGUUAUUGAAACCACAGGUUUAGCAAACCCAGCACCCAUAAUACAGACAUUCUAUGCAGAAGAUACAGUUUUUAAUGAUGUCAAGCUAGAUGGUGUUGUUACUCUAGUGGAUUCAAAGCAUGCAAGGUUGCAUUUGGAUGAAGUGAAGCCCAAGGGUAUAGUCAAUGAAGCAGUUCAGCAAAUUGCUUAUGCCGACAGAAUUAUAAUUAACAAGACUGACCUUGUUAGCGAGCCUGAAGUUUCUUCCUUGGUUGAGCGUAUAAGGGUCAGUACAGUGCAUUCCAUUUACUCUUUUUUGCCAUGUGGUUAUUCCUUACAUCAUGUUUUGUGCAUGCAGAGUAUCAAUCGCAUGGCUAAUUUGAAACGAGCUCAGUAUGGUAAAGUUGAUUUGGAUUAUGUGCUUGGAAUUGGAGGCUUUGAUUUGGAGAGGAUUGAGAGUGCUGUCACUGAAGAACCACAUGAUGAGCACGAACAUGAACAUGAACACAAGCACGAACAUGACCAUGACCAUGCCCACGACCACGAUCACCAUCAUCAUGAUCAUGACCAUAAACAUGACCAUCAUGCGCAUGAUCACACCCAUGAUCCCGGUGUUUCUUCUGUAAGCAUCGUUUGCGAAGGGGAGAUGGAUCUUGAAAAGGCUGACAUGUGGUUGGGGAACCUACUGCUGGAACGCAGUGAUGACAUAUACCGGAUGAAGGGGCUGCUCUCUGUCAGUGGAAUGCCUCAACGCUUUGUCUUUCAGGGAGUGCACGACAUUUUCCAGGGAUCUCCCGACAGGAUGUGGGAGCCCAACGAACCGCGCAUCAACAAGAUUGUGUUCAUCGGCAGGAACCUCAACCGGGAAGAGCUGGAGACGGGCUUCAAGGACUGCCUGCUGAAGUAGGCCAGAGCUUCUCCUUUUGGAUGGAUCUCCAGCUUCAUGAUUUUGAGCUUUGCGGCUGCAGACCUUAUCCUUCAUUGAAAUGUCGGAAACUGAAACCGUUAUUGAACUGUCACGAAACGCGAGAUGUAUAUAUAGAUUGGGGAACAGUAGCAUAUCCUUGGAACCUGGCCGCCGUGUUGUUCGCUUCGCAGAUGUCUACUGUUAUGCACGAUGUUGCACUGUGACUUGCAGAGAUUUAUAGACUCUACUGUGACUUGAGGAAUUGCUUCAUAAGUCCGAAAAGUUUACAUA